CUCCCGUGCCAGCCAGUCUCCCCCCUCCCUCCCUCCACCCGCCGCCGCCGCCACCCACAAACCCUAGAAACCCUAGCUCUCAUCCCCUCGCCCGAGACAGCCAUGGCGGAGCACGACCUGACGGCGAGCGUGGCGGCGUGGAUGGACCCCCACCUGGUGCUCCCGGUGCUGGAGUUCCUCCAGGAGCGCGGGGUCUACGCCGACGAGGAGAUCCUGCGGGGCAAGAUCCGCCUCCUCGGCGGCACCAACAUGGUCGACUACGCCAUGGACAUCCACAAGUCGCUCCACGGCACCGACGACGUCCCCGCCGACAUGGUCGCCCGCCGCUCCGAGGUCGUCGAGAGGCUCCGGGCCCUCCAGGAGGCCGUCGCGCCCAUAGUCGCCUUCCUCUCCAGCCCGCAGCUCGUGCAGGAGCUCCACGCCGACAAGCAGUACAACCUCCACAUGCUCCAGGAGCGCCACCAGAUCGGCCCGGACCAGAUCGAGGCCCUCUACCAGUACGCCAAGUUCCAGUACGAGUGCGGGAUGUACUCCGACGCCGCCGAUUUCCUGUCCCAGUACCGCGCUCUGUGCACCAACAGCGAGAGGAGCCUGAGUGCCCUGUGGGGGAAGCUGGCGGCGGAGAUACUGAUGCAGAACUGGGAUGUCGCGCAGGAGGAGCUCAACAGGCUCAAGGAGAUGAUUGAUUCCAGCAGCUUCACCUCGUCGCCUGUGAACCAGCUCCACAGCAGGAUAUGGCUGAUGCACUGGAGCCUCUUCAUCUUCUUCAACCAUGAGAAUGGAAGGAACGGGAUCAUCGACCUCUUCUUCCAGGACAGGUACCUCAAUGCUAUCCAGACCAACGCUCCCCAUCUUCUGAGGUACCUUGCUGCUGCAGUUGUUGUCAACAAGAGGAGAAGGAACAUGCUUAAGGAACUCAUCAAGGUCAUCCAGCAGGAGCAGAACAGCUACAAGGAUCCCAUCAUUGAGUUCCUGGAGUGCCUGUAUGUCAAGUAUGAUUUUGAUGGCGCUCAGCAGAAGCUCGUCGAGUGCGAGCAGGUUAUACUGAAUGAUCCUUUCCUGGGCAAGCGCGUUGAAGAGAGGAAUGGCAUCGCUGUUCCUCUGAGAGACGAGUUCCUUGAAAAUGCUCGCCUGUUCAUUUUUGAGACUUACUGCCGUAUACAUCGCUGCAUCGAUAUUGGUGUGCUUGCGGAGAAGCUGAACAUGACCUAUGAUGAAGCCGAGUUGUGGAUAAUGAACAUGGUCAAGAGUUCCAAGCUAGAUGCCAAGAUUGAUUCAGUGACGGGAACUCUCAUCAUGACGACCAAUCGUGUUGAUGUCCAUGAGCAGAUUAUUGAGAGCAUGAAGAACCUCAAUGCCAGGACCUACAUGCUAGCAAAGAGCGUCGUGGAUCCAGGGCAUGCAGCAGCACAGCAGGCUGCUCGGUGAGACCAACAGAUGAUCUGCAGCUUUGAGGCGGUAAAAAUUACUUUGGGAACUUUGUUGUUAGGCAGUGACUUCGUUGCUAGUAUUUGAAUCAUAUUGCUACAGCUUAUGCUGAUGUUUUAAAUGCUUUGUACUCCUUUUACUCAAGUUUAUCGUCCUAUGAAUUAAUACUGCAAAAGACGUUUAACGCAUUUC